AUGGACAAGGUUUAUGAGAACUUAGAGAAAGUUGAAGGCCAAAAGAAAAUACACAAGAUAGCAAAAAGCAGAGAUAAAACAUCAAAGGAUCUAACACAUAUCAAACAGGUCAAGGGCAAAAAUGAAAGAGUUGUACCAAGAGAGGAAAGCAUAAUAGCUAGAAGGAAGAAGUACUUUGAAGAGUUACUAAAUAAAGAAAACCCCAGAACAAUAAUAAGAGAUGGAAACCCUCAUGGAAGAAUAGUCCAGGAUAUCAGCAGAGAAGAGGUUAAGAGGGCACUAAAUAAAAUGAAGAAGGGGAAAGCAGUGGGACAUUAUGGAAUACCAGCUGAAGUGUGGAAGUGUUUAGGAGAGGAAGGCAUAGACAUCCUGUGA